CCCGGGGCCACCGGCCUUCCUGGCCGACUGGCUGGCCUGCCUGCCUGCCUUCCACCUGGCAGCUCCGGGAGUUGAAAGAGCCGCAAUGUGGAGCUUCGAACAGUAGAAGGAAAGUAGGUUGCACCCACUGAAAAUGCCUCUAAGGGACAACUGCUGUCAGACUGACCACCAUCAUCAUGGAUGCUGUGAACCAGUAUAUAUUCUGGAACCUGGAGAUCCUCCUUUGUUACAGCAGCCAUUGCAGACUUCCAAAUCUGGCAUUCAACAAAGUAUUGAAUGCUUUCGAUCAGGAACUAAACAACUAAAACACAUUUUAUUAAGAGAUGUGGACACAAUUUUUGAGUGUAAAUUAUGUCGCCGUCUCUUCAGAGGAUUACCAAAUUUAAUUACUCAUAAAAAAUUCUACUGCCCUCCAAGUCUCCAGAUGGAUGACAACCUUCCUAAUGUAAAUGAUAAACAAAGCCAAGCCAUAAAUGAUCUCCUAGAAGCCAUUUAUCCAAGCAUGGACAAAUGAGAAUAUAUUAUUAGGCUAGAACCCAUAGAAACUAAUCAGAAUGCAGUGUUUCAGUGUAUUUCAAGGACUAAUAACCCAGCUGAGGUCACUGAGUCAAGUAAUUCUCCUGAUCAAACUCAAGUUCAGAUGCAAGAAUCUAACACUGAACAGUCCAAAACAACUCCAGUUCCAGAUGCAGAAGUAGAAAUUGUAGAACCCCCGCCUACAGAAACAGUUGCAAAUGAAGCAACACCAGCUUCUGAUGAGCAGCCUCAGGAAUCACACACUGACUUGGAAACUUCUGAUAAUUCUGAUUUUGGCCACCAGUUGAUUUGUUGUCUUUGUAGAAAAGAAUUCAACUCCAGACGUGGUAUUCUCUGGCACAUUAGGAAAGUACACAAAAAAAAGAUGGAAGAACUAAAGAAGUACAUUGAAACACGAAAGAAUCCAAACCAGUCUUCUACUAAAGGAUGCAAUAAGAAUGUUCUAGUAACAUUGAGUAGAAGUUGUCCAGUAUGUUAAAAAUCUUUUGCUACAAAAGCGAAUGUAAGGAGGCAUUUUGAUGAAGUUCAUAGAGGACUGAGGAGGGAUUCAAUUACUCCUGAUAUAGCUACAAAGCCUGGGCAGCCUUUGUUCCUGGAUACUGUUUCUUCUAAAAAAUCUUUUAAGACGUGGAAACAAAAGUCUUCUUCAAAAGCUGAAUACAAUUUAACUGCAUGCAAAUGCCUUCUUUGCAAGAGGAAAUAUAGUUCACAAAUAAUGCUUAAAAGACAUAUGCAAAUUGUUCACAAGAUAACUCUUUCUGGAACAAACUCUAAAAGAGAGAAAGGCCCUAAUAAUACUGCCAACAGCACAGAAAUAAAAGUAAAAGUUGAACCAUCAGACUCUGUAGAAUCUUCACCCUCUUCUAUUACCCAUUCUACACAGAAUGAAUUAAAGGGAACAAAUCAUUCAAAUGAGAAAAAGAACACACUGGCAGCACAGAAAAAUAAAGUUAAGCAAGACUUGGACAACCCUAAAUCAACAAGUCCUUCUGCUGCAGGUGGCCAGCAAAAAACCAGGAAACCAAAACUUUCAGCUGGCUUUGACUUCAAGCAGCUUUACUGUAAUCUUUGUAAAGGCCAAUUUACUUCCAAGCAGAACUUGACUAAACACAUUGAGUUGCACACAGAUGGAAAUAACAUUUAUGUUAAAUUCUAUAAGUGUCCACUUUGCACUUAUGAAACGCAUCGGAAACAUGAUGUGAUAAGGCACAUAACUGUGGUUCACAAAAAAUCAUCACGUUAUCUUGGGAAAAUCACAGCCAGUUUAGAGAUCAGAGCUAUAAAAAAGCCCAUUGAUUUUGUUCUAAAUAAAGUGGCAAAAAGAGGCCCUCCAAGGGAUGAAGCGAAGCAGAAUGAUUCAAAACAUGAUAGAACUUCUAAUUCUCCCAACAAAAAGUAUGAAGUAGCUGAUGUUGGCAUUGAAGUAAAAGACAAAAACUUUUCUCUUCACAGAUGCAAUAAGUGUGGAAAGGCAUUUGCAAAAAAGAUUUACCUUGAACAUUAUAAGAAAACUCACAAGGCAAAUGCUUCUAAUUCACCUGAAGGAAAUAAAACCAAAGGCCGAAGUACAAGAUCUAAGGCUCUUGUCUGAUAACUUCAAGUGAUGUAUGGAAAGGUUUGGAGUUCAUUUGUGUGGAAAGACUUUAAAUUGAUGUUAGAACCACUAACGUCUUCAAAUGGUACUAUAAGGAUAAAAAGAAAAAUAUUUUCAUAAAUAUUCAACUGUU